AUGGAGGGACUAACUGGAGAAGAAGUAGGUAACUGGUGUCAGAGGAAAGGAGUGAAUCCCAGAAAGUGUAUUGGAAUUGGGGGAGAUUUAUCGGAUACUUCGGAUGAAACAGUAUUAAGGAAAGUGAGUAACCUGUAUGGUAUUAUAAGACCCAAUGUAAUAGACAAAUUGGAUGAUGAAGUCGGAAAAAAAAUUGCUGUCCUAGUUGAAACAGAAAAAGAAUUAGACGUGAAUUUGAUCCCAUUAAUGAUAAUGGCCGAUGAAGAAACAGGACGAAGAUGGUCUAUUAUUGGUCCCAGUGUUCGGGAAGAUGAUAUCACUAGUGCACCCAUCUCGGCGAUGAUCUUGCCGGAGGGUGUGGAUGGAGGAGAAGCUAGUGGCAAUGGACACACUCCUAUUAAUGUGAAUGGUGGACAGUUCGAGACCAUGGUAGACAGGGUGGUUUCACAACUUGAGAGAUGGCAUUACGAAGGUAGUUAUCGACGAUUAAGGAUAUUCUCUGGUAUAGUACCUGUACCUACGGGGGAAGAACCUUAUGAAUCUUGGAAGGAGGCCGCUGUCCAACAAGCUGAGGAAUGGCAGUGUCCAGAUAAAAUAAAACGACAAAGAGUAGUAGAGAGUCUACGUGGACCGGCUAUGGGGAUAAUACAAGCUGCUAGGAGAAGUAAUCCGAAUGCCACAUUGGAGACUUACUUUGAAGCAUUGGAUUAUGCGUAUGGCACUUUGGAAGAUGUAGGGGACCUUCUAUCAAGACUGCAUCACACAUUUCAGGAACCCAAUGAGAAAUUGAGCUCAUAUAUCAUACGAAUAGACAAGCUAUUGUAUAAGAUUGUUGAAAAAAAAGGAAUCACCCGAGAAGAGGUGGACCAAAGUCGUAUGAAACAGGUGCUAAGAGGAGCCUUGACAAAUGAUCCUGUAGCCCAAAAGUUGAGGUGUUCUGAUAAAACCCAAACACCCCCUGGGUUCAAUGAGAUACUAAAAGAAAUAAAACAAGAGGAAGUGCUUAUUGAAAUGAGGGAGAAGACGGUAAAGAAAGUAAAGGUGGCACAAACGGUGACUGAGAUUUCUCCAUUAGAGGAAAGGCUAUUAAAAUUAAUAGAAGAACAGAACAAAAGGAUAGAACAAUUUAUAUCUACCCAAAACACCAACUAUCCACCCCAGAAUACUCUCUCUAAUGAAUCAACCCGGGGUGGGGGAAGAAGAGGCAGUUUUAAUAGCAGAGGUUGUUUUAAGUGUGGAAGGAUUGGCCAUCGAGCCUUUGAGUGUAACCUAAAUCGGAACUCAACACGUAUGUUUGCUAAUACCUCUCAUAACACCGACAACGAAGAACAAGAUCGGGGAAACGGACAAGGGAGACCCGUGAACCCCCCACAGGUCUCCUAG